CCCGCCCUCUGCCAUUGAGCGCAAAACCGCAAACAACGCCAAGCAUCCUUUUCCCUCUGACCAACUGGACAGCAUCACCCCCUCCACCACAUUGCGCCUAUAGUCAGUCAGUUUUACUUCGGCAAAUAAACAUCCGCAUUAGCUUCGGCAGUACAGGCACUUUUUGUUACCAAGCAAUCCUAAAACAUCGUUUGCGCAUCCUGACGUGAUCGCGGGGAGUGACCAAACUGAGGGGGAAAAAAAAGAGUCAAAACAAAUCGCCCCCGACCGUGAACAAGCAAACCAAAAGAAGCAACUCUUCCGCGAGGCUACCAAGAAAAUCAGACGUCAAAAGUCAGGAUGGACGCCAAGUGGAUAGACUGGUCCAAGACGACGCGGUCUAAGGACUACCGCGGUUCCAGCUCGUUUGCGACCUUUAUGAUAAUAGGGCCCGUCUGCUUCUUCCUAGGCAUCCUCUUCGCCUCGUUCCCCUACGACUUUCCGCUCCUGUGGACCUCGGACCCGGUCCCCCCGUCCUACUACGACCAGCUGGCAACGCACCUGCGCUUCAUGCACGCGGCGCCGCCGCUCAUCUCGCGCGUGCUCAACAUUGUCGUCUUUGUCGGCUUCUGCGGCUUCUUCGCCAAGCUGUUCCGGCCGUCCGAGGCCAACGUGCUCUUUGACGGCUCGUCGCUCGUCCUCUACGUCAUCGGCGUGGGCAUCUACCUGGCCAACAUCGUCAAGGGCCUGCGCGACGUCACGGCCGACGUGUGGGGCGCCGACGGCAAGGGUACCCUCAACCACGAGGGCCCCAUCUCGGGAGAGGUCAAGCUGAGCAGGGAGGAUUCGCUCAAGGUCCUGAGCGCUAGCAACACCAUCCUCGCCCUUGUGCUUGUGGGUGUCCUCGUCCUCCAGGCGGGCGAGUGGUACGCCGAGCGCAAGGAGGCUGAUGAUGAGGAGGUCAGGGAGGCUGGGGACAAGAAGACGGCUGCUAGCAAGAAGAAGCAGUGAACUUGGGCGGGUAUAGAAAGGUGGGUUGAGAGUUGUGGUUGCUCAACGUCGCUUUGAGGGCCUUUGUUGGAUCUACCUUUCCUUGGUGUCCCCAGUUGUCAUCCCCUGGAUGCAUAUACAGCAGGUUACCUCAUGCUGUGCUACUGUGCUGAGAAAGUACAGGUACAUAGGUAAUCCGGAUUCCAGCACUAUCUUGUAGGAUUGUUGUUCAUCAUGCGCAAAUGCAUCCAGUCUAUCGGUCAGGUCAAUAAUGGAAACCGUGGAGAUCACGUAUUUGAAGUCUUCACUCGUGUCUACCCGUACCAUGAUCCACGGGAAAUUCACCAUGGGCUGGUCACCCAGCAAUUGUGUCGAGGCUCUCUUGAAAGUUACAAGAUGUGGCUCGCAAGGACCGUUUCCCACCUAGCAGUUUCAGUGUCAUAGCUCGGACUUUUUGUACUUGAAAAACGUAUCAAUGGAUACGAAAGAGAUUAUAUAUAUCGUCUAGAUACAUUUGAAUAUUCAAGAUAAGAAAGUGGUAUCUGGUUUAAGCCAAGGAACGCC